AUGAUGGCCUGGAGAGAAGACACUGCGCUGUUGCACAAGAGGUAGAGGUCUGCUUUGCUGAGUCCAGGCCACAUUUUACCAACGCCGGCUAGAAGAAGGUAGAAAGUUCCGGGGAAAAAGACACACCCGGCAAGAAUGUGAUAAUACAUCUUUGGUUCCUCGUACAUAAUUAUUCCUCCUCCCUGGAAACAUCAGUAGGAUGUAGAAAGUUUCCCUCGAUAGUUACAACUUCUUUGGUCCAGGUUGGAGUAAGUGUUGAAGCUUUUAGAAGGCAUCAUUCUUGGUCGUAUGUUGGCUGAUCUUGCAAAAGUUCAGUGGAAUGCACACUUCCGCAUCCGGAUGUAAACUGACUGAACCGGAUGUACUUCAGGACCCUCCAACUACAAAAGGACAACAAAAAUUCACGAAGAUGGCAGACCCAGAGUUAGAAGAGAUCCGAGCUCGGAGAAUGGCAGAAAUGCAGCAACAAAUGGGGCAAACUGGUCAAAACCUCCCUUUUCAGCUUCCCCCUGGGGUAGACAGUGGUGCAGGCUACCCUGGGGCAUACCAGCAGGGAGGGGGUGAACAAAAAGCAGAACAGCAAGCCAGACAAGAAGAACUGAAGAACACAAUUCUGGCAGGAAUCCUGGACCAGGCAGCUCGCAGCAGACUGAACAACUUGAAGCUUGUGAAACCAGAGAAGGCAGCGAUGGUAGAGAACAUGUUGAUCCAGAUGGCACAGUCAGGGCAGGUGCAGGGCAAGAUCGGUGAGGACCACCUGAAGACUAUCCUGGAGCGUGUUAGUGAACAGACAAAACCAGUGGGAAAAGUCAAGUUCCAACGUAGGAAAGUCUUUGAUGAUGACAGCGAUGAUGACUACUAGAGACCUCAAAAGGGCCCAGGCACCCACGUCAUCAGCUAUGUGCCUCACACGAAAGGGACAACAAUUGGGACUUGCACUUGCUGCAUCUACCAUUGUCUGUUCCUGCAGCUCAAAGUACAAUACUAUAGAGGCUUUCGGAAAGGCGAGCAGUAUCGUUGAAGGGACCGUAUACGUUUUCUGUUAUACUAACAGUAGAUGGGGUGUUUCAGCAUUGAAACAGACACUGUCGAGGCUUAGCAAUAAGAUUGUAGCACCAAAACAUUUGAUAUCAUGAAGACAUUGCAACAAGUGAUCCUACUUUUUUAAGGGAAGCAACACCGUGAUGAUUUUUUGAGAUUAUGUAUUGUAAUCCAAAGCUAGUUGCUGUGAAAUGUACGCCUUUUGUACGAGGUAACAUCAUUAUCUGUGUGUCACUUUUCAUGUAGUUUUUUGACUGGAAAUAUUUAUAGUUUUUCAUGGUGUGACUAUUUACAUAGCUGUGAUGCAUGUCCUAUUAGUUAUCAUGCUACAUGUAUAAACUUGACUCACUGUACAUGGGUGGCAAGACUGUGGUUUCUGAAUGUGUGGCUAAAGAAAAGAAAUGUAUACAUAAAUCUUUGGGUAGGGACAAGAUUUCUUGACGAGAUUCUCUGUGUUGAAUUGUACAAUAUUUGUACCCUUUUUACACAGUGUUCAAUGAUGUUUCUUUUGAAUUAAAAGCCAUGCAUAAAAU